GGCGGCCGGGCGGAAGUGAGGCGGGCGGGCAUCCGGCGGCGGGCGCGCUGUCUCCAUCCUGGUCUCUGGCCGCUGUCACAAAGUGCCCGGACCUAGAAACAGGAAAUUGAGUAUGAACACAAUUGAAGGCGAAUUCUAGCACAGUUACCUUGGAAACAAUCAGUUCAGUAACCCUAGCCCAGGAUACCGAAGGCAAUCUGAUUCUACAUUGCCCUCAGAACGAUUUAGAAUCUGAAGAUAAUCAAGAACCUCUACACAAAAGGCUUUGUUUGUCAGCCGAAGAUGACGCUAGUCUUGAAUCCACGGGUAUUGCUGGCCCAUUUGCAGCAGUACAGUCCGUUGUUACUCUCCCAAGUUCUUUGUUAGAAUAUUCUGACUUCCGUGUAAUUUCUAUCGUUGACAGUCUCAGACAAUGAUCAAAGUUUUGAGGUAACCAUGACCGGAGAGGCAGCUUCGGAGCUGUCUCAUGCAACUGAAAUUGAGGAUGCUGAAACUAUUACUCAGAUACAGAUCUUACACAAUGAAGAUCAAAUGGAGGGGAUUUCACCCCAAAACAGUGAGGACCUUGAUCCUGUCAGUCAAGCCUGGUUUACAACAAAGGAAGAUAAGGACACACUACAGAACAAAGGUCACAAGUGGAAGCAGGGGAUGUGGUCGAAGGAAGAAAUAGACGUUUUAAUGAGCAAUAUUGAAAACUACCUACAGAUCCAUGGGCUAAGUGAUGCUACAGAAGUCAUAUUUGAGAUGUCUAAAGAUGAAAGGAAAGAUUUCUACCGAACCAUAGCAAGGGGUCUUAACCGCCCAUUGUUUGCAGUUUACAGAAGGGUGCUUCGAAUGUAUGACAACAGAAACCAUGUGGGAAAGUACACUCCACAAGAAAUUGAAAAGCUCAAAGAGUUGCGAUCCAAGCAUGGUAAUGACUGGGCAACGAUCGGGGCAGCUCUGGGAAGAAGUGCUUCCUCUGUAAAAGACCGGUGCAGACUGAUGAAAGACACUUGUAACACCGGUAAGUGGACCGUGGAGGAAGAGAAACGACUGGCAGAGGUGGUCCACGAAUUAACGGCCACGGACCCUGGUGAUAUCGUCACCCAGGGAGUAUCCUGGGCCGCAGUGGCAGAGCGAGUGGGCACUCGUUCGGAGAAGCAAUGCCGUUCCAAGUGGCUCAAUUAUCUCAACUGGAAACAGAGUGGAGGGACAGAGUGGAGCAAGGAUGAUGAAAUGAACCUAAUCCUAAGAAUUGCAGAACUGAACGCGGAAGAUGAGAGUGAGAUAAACUGGGACAUAAUGGCUGAAGGCUGGAGCAGUGUACGCUCUCCACAGUGGUUGAGGAGUAAAUGGUGGACAAUCAAGCGGCAGGUUACAAACCACAAAGAUUUGACAUUUGCAGAGUUGGUUGAGAGUUUGCGACAACUGGUGGAGAGUCUGAAGCAGCCACACCUCCCGGUGCACCAGCUGCCCGAGUCUCAAACGGGGUCAAGUUCACGUCAUUCAAAUUCAUCCUCAGUCCAACAGUUACGGGUUCGAUUGGCUCAGAUGGAGGAAGGCAGCAGUGUCCCCAACAGUCCAGUAGCAGCUCUACAAAUCCCCGUGCAAAUCACUCACGUCGCAACGGGUGAUUCCUGUGGCACCAAUACAGAUUGUGAAACAAUCACUCUGAACGCAGGAACUCUGCAGAGAUUUGAAUUCCUACCAUCUUUCCGACUGCAGCCCACAGGAACGCCAGGAACGUACCUGAUCCAGACCAGCUCAAGCCAAGGCCUUCCGAUAACACUGACAAGUCCCGCAGUCACACUGACCUCACCAUCCUCCCCAGAACAGAUUAUUGUGCACACACUCUCAUCCGAAACCCUACUGCAUGGUGCCAGUGAAAACGCCAGUGUACAAAUGGCACAUCCAAGUGUGAUCAUCCAUGCAGUCGCCACGGAUGACAUUACCUCUUCCAUAACCCAAGCGGAGCUGGCAGUCGAUUCCGAAAUAGACCAAGCAGCUUUGACCGAGCGCCAGAUCGACUCCAGCUCGCUCGGAUCCGCUGCCUACAGUGAGAUCGAUCAGGCAAAGUUAACCGAGGACCAAAGCACUGGUCAGACGGACCUCACGGAGACGGAAAUUGGCCAACCAGGCCUAAACUGUGACGGUGGUGAAGAUAUGAUGGGCUCGGGUGUAAAUAUUAAUGAGACAGACCUUAGGCAGGAAGUUGAAGUGCAGUCUGAUCUACGUGGUGCUUAUGCAACUGAGGCUCUGGUAUCUCCCAAUAUCGAAGCAAGCAUUGAUGAAGAAACAACACUCAUCGUUUCCUCGGACCAUGGCUUCAUUCAGUCAACAGACGACAUUGACAAUGAUUCAGUUUUGCCAUUAUCAACGCUGACUGAUCCCAUUUUACAAACCCAAGGUGACUGCUCAGACAUUAACUCAUCACUGGAAAGCCCAGAUCCUGAUGACUAAAAGCAGCUCCUAUGUACCUGCAGAGUCAGUGAGCAACACUGAUCAUUCACUGUGGCUGGAUACUGACUGAGGAAUCCUGUUAUUUCUAUGUAUGGUGCUGCCUUCAAAAAAAAACAAACUGCAUAAAAUUGAGAAAUUUAAAAGAAUCAUUGUCAUCUGAUUUCAAUUUUCUGUGGUGCAGAUUUACUAAAUGUGACAUUGUGCCAAGAAAACGAUCCAUUCAAUAAGUUCAUCAUCCCUCCCCUUAUUAUGUUAAGGAUUGACAGAUAGGAUUAUUUAUUUGAACAGUUGAGAAACAAUGUGAAAUGGAAGAGUGUUAUUUUUUUUACUGGAUGAAUUUAACUUCACCUUUAAGACAGUUUGUAAAUUUCUAGUUUAAGUCUUCACAGCUUAUAGAACAACUUUGUACAAUUCUCCAAUCCUAAGCAGCUUUGAACAUUACCCAUUGCCUAAAUGGAAAAGGGUUUUUUUUUAUGCACACACACAAAUUCAGGUACUGGAAGGUGGUUGAAAUGUUCCAGGUUUCAAACAUUUGUUACAACUCGACUGUAUGUCAGAAACAAGAUGUUUAAAUCUCCCAAUGCAUUUUAAUCAAGGAUAGAGCAAGAAUAUCCUAGUGCCACCACCCUCAAAACACAAAACUCCAAGCAACUGCCCAAGGUAUAAUUAAGGACAAAACUGCACCUGAAGC